AUGGUUGAAUGGUGUGUGAUUGUUUACGAUAAACCAGGUUCUGACAGAAGUGCGUUCAGACCACAACAUUUGGCUGCAAUCCCAGCCUUAGUGGAACAAGGGAAAUUGGUAUGUGCAGGAGCCAUCUACAACGAACCCAAGUCUGAAGGUGAAGCUCCAACAUUUGCUGGCUCUCAUUUACAAAUUAUUGCUGAUACUAAGGAAGAAGCAUUGGCUAUUGUGAUGAAUGAUAUCUUUGCCAAGGAAGGUAUCUGGGAUACUGAUAAUAUCAUUAUUUACAGAUUCGGAUGUGCUGUUCGUGAACCAAAGAGCAAAAAAUAG